AUGGCGGCAGCGACUCUGCCAGAUGAACAACGGCUGCGCGAGCAAGUGGCGGCUCUCGAGUCAUUUGUGGAGGCGCUGCGCGCUCAAAAGGCUCGAGGUGUCCUCACGCAAGCCGAGGUGGCCGCGGAUCUCAUCCUCGAGCUGGUUGAUCAGGAGGUACAGGCCAUUGCUUUUCAAGUCCAUCGCAACGUCAAACUCCGCCUUCUGUGCCUCUGCCCCGCGGAUAACUCAGACCACCGCCAUCACGGCCUCGUGGCUACCCCAGGCUAUGACAUAUAUGGCACCAAGCUCACCUUGAGGGCCCUUUUUGCGCGCCCCGAUGACGGGACUCAGCUCAACAAGCAGCAAGCACCAAGUUUUCGGUGCCCCAACUGUGGCAUGAUGCGCCAGCCCGCCAAAUUUGCCCCCCACCUGGAGCAGUGCAUGGGAAUGGGGGGGCGGGAGUCGAGACGAGCUGCUGCUCACAAGAGCCGCCAACUGAUUCAGCAGCAAGCUGGGCCAGAUGCUCCCGAGAACAAACGGACCAAAAAGCGCAGCAAUGGCAAGGGUAGUUAUUGCAUGCCCGCCAAUGCUGCCUUGUGGAAUGGCCACGCGUAUGCUGUGGUGCAGGCGCAUUCUGAAUUUGCCCCAGGCUGA